GUGAGUUGGAUUAUUUUGAAUAAAAUCAGUUCAACACAAUGCAUGGUUCCAUUAAGACGUUUCUCGGAUUAACUCUCAUUUUGUGCGUUAAUUCUAAAGAAUAUCAACUUUGUUAUUUACAAAAUCGUUCCAUCGGAAUAUGUGUACAUAUCUCAGAUUGUGCCUCGGCAAGCAGCGAGCUUCAAAAAGGAUUUCGACCUGUUUUAUGUGGAUUUUAUGGCAUACAUCCUAUCGUUUGUUGUGAUCAAGUUAAAAAAGAAAUUAUCCAAGGACGAAUUUCAAACAGGAUAAGCGAAGAAAAAUGUCAAGAAUAUUUAAAGUUGGACAUCAAAACUACGAUAACGACCACUACAACCACCACAACUACAACGCCAAAAAGUGUAUUUGGGAAUAAUGUUGCUCCUUUUGUGCUUGGAGGUGUGAAUGCUUAUUUUGAGGAAUACCCCCAUAUGGCUAUUUUGGGAUAUGGUCCAUCAGAAAACUUCGAAUUUAAAUGCGGUGGGAGCUUAAUCAGCGAUCAAUUCAUCUUGACAGCAGCCCAUUGUUUAGAAUCACGAGAUUUUGGACCUGUUUCCCUAGUAAGAUUAGGCGAUUUAGAUGUAUCUUCAACAACCGAAUUUGCAGAACCUCAAAACUUUAAAGUCAAAGAAGUAUUUACUCCCCCUGAGUACGAUUUCGAAUCUUUUUACCACGAUAUUGCUUUAAUUAAAUUAGAUCGUCCGGCUAUUUACACGAGAUACGUAAAACCUGCUUGUUUACAAUCCAAAUUUGAGCUAGAUCAUAAUAAUUUAACAAUAACUGGAUGGGGAGCUACAUAUUACGGAAGUGGAUUACAAAGUUAUCUCCAAAAAGCGUAUUUAUAUAAUUUGCCGGCGAAAAACUGCAUGAGGAGUUAUCGUCCACAAACUAGAUUGGCGAAUGGUUUCGAUGAAGAGUUACAAUUAUGUGGAGGAGAUCCAGAAUCGAGUGUGGACGCGUGUCAAGGUGAUUCAGGUGGACCCAUUCAAAUGCAAAUUCAGGAUUCACCGCAAAUGUAUAGGAUUGUUGGGGUUACAUCGUUUGGAAAUAAUUGUGGGUUAGUUCCUGGGAUUUAUACAAGAGUUUCCAACUAUAUUUCUUGGAUUGAAUCGAUAGUUUGGCCAAAUUAAAUAAAUAAGUCUGACCUCGAAACUGUAAUUGAUAUUUUUAGAACUUUAAAUGUGAAUAACCUGUGUGUUCAAGGUUUUCAAGAUUACAUGUGACCGAACAAGCAUUUAAUAAUAAUAUGCUAAUGGGGCUUCUUGUCUUGAUUUAUACCUUCCCGCAAUUAAACAACAAAGGCGUUUAAAUAAAACGGUGUUUUGAA